AUGAAGUCGGCUUCAGCCAUCUUGGCGGUCUUGGCGGCCGUGGCCAACUUGACGGCAGCUCAAACCGUGAGCGGAAAGGCGGAGGGUUUUGCUACCGGAGUUACCGGCGGCGGCAGCGCAGCCGCCGUCACGCCCAAGGACAUCGACGAGCUGACGACGUACCUCACCGACAGCAAGCCACGCGUCAUCGUCCUCUCCAAGGAGUAUGACUUUACGGAGUCCGAGGGCACCGAGUCCGGCACCGCCUGUGCCAGCUGGGGAACCGGCGCUGCGUGCCAGAGAAUCAUCCAGGACGACUGCGGCAGCAACACCAAGGAGACGGGCACCUGGUUCAAGGCCGCCCGCACGCCUAUCGACGUUGGCUCUAACAAGACCAUUCUUGGCGUCGGGAGCAAGGGCGCCAUCAAGGGCAAGGGCUUGAGGAUGAAGGGCAGCAACGUCAUUAUCCAGAACAUCGAAAUCAAAGACUUGAACCACAAGUAUGUCUGGGGAGGCGACGCGCUCUCGUUUGCCGGUGCCGAUCUCGUCUGGGUUGACCAUGUCACCACCACCCGCCCCGGCCGCCAGCACUACGUCUUCGGCUUCGAGCCCAGCAAGCGCAUCACCCUGUCCAACAACUUCAUCAACGGCAACUCGACCUACUCCACCGGCUGCAACGGAUACCACUACUGGACGUUCGAGAUGGUCGGCGAGGACGACCAGAUCACCAUGAAGAACAACUACAUCUACAAGACGGCCGGCCGCGGCCCUGCCCUCAGCGGCGCCACCCUCCUGCACGCCGUCAACAACGUGUGGAGCGACACCAACGGCCACGCCAUCGAGGGCGGCGAGGCCACGGCCCGCGGCAUCUUCGAGGGCAACGCCUUCAUCAACGUCAAGCAGCUCGUCUCGGACUACAAGGGCAGGCUCUUCUCCUCCCCCGACGCCACCACCAACGCGCAGUGCAAGUCGGCCCUCGACCGGGCGUGCGAGAUCAACGUCUUCGAGGACACCACCGACGACUUCAAGUACACCGACACCACCUUUUUCGGCGACUUCAAGGGCCUCGGCAUCGCCAGCGCCGCCGCCGCCAGCAAGAUCAAGACCAGCGUCCCUGCCAAUGCCGGCGCCGGCAAGCUGAGCGCCGCCUCCUCCUCCUCGUCUGCUGGAGAGACUGCCGAAAAGGCCGAGGCUGCCCCCUCCAGCACGCCUGUUGCUUCUACCCCCGCUGCGCCCAAGGCCACGGAGGCUGCCGCCAAGCCCGCUUCCGGCUCCGGAUCCGUUGCCCUGUACGGCCAGUGUGGUGGCCAGGGUUACUCUGGCGCUACCGCCUGCUCGUCUGGCAAGUGCGAGUUCGUGAACGACUGGUACUCUCAGUGCGUCUAA